AUGCAUCUUGUCCCUAUCAAGGGCCUGGCGCGAGGCGGCGAAGCCAAGCGCCUGAUGGAGGAGCUGGCCGUGCACUUCAAGAUGCUGAUAAGGGCUCGUCAGCUAAGGAUCAACACGCUCAAAGAGAUUUACCCGGACAACAAAAACGUUAUGGGAAUGUACAAGCCAGCAAGCGAACGCAUAGGUGCAUAUAUAUUUAUACGUCUGCGCUCGUCUGUGAACAAGAAACAGUUUCUGGACCGGGAUACUCUGCGUGAGACGAUGCUGCACGAGAUGUGCCACGCGUACAACUUGGAUCACGGUGAUAGUUAUCGACGGAACUUGAGUCGGAUGAGGUUUGAGCUUGAAGUGUAUUGCAACUGCAGUGGGGAUGGGGAGAAGAGCAAGAAGGACGAGGCGGACAAGAAGGACGACGAGAAGGACAAGAAGAAGGACAAGAAGAAGGACGACAAAGACAAAAAAGACGACAAAAAAGACGACAAGAAGGACAAGAAGAAGGACGACAAGAAGGGCAAAAGGGAGGACAAGAAGGGCAAAAGGGACGACAAGAAAUACAUGAAGAACAAGAAGAAGGACGACAAGACGGACAAGAAGUAG